CCAGUCGCCUAGAUAUGACGUCGUUGUGACCCGGAGAAGAGACCGCUGACGAGACACAAAAGGAUACAAUGAGUCAGCGCUCUGAGAGACGGGGGAUCCAUGUGGACCAGUCAGAACUGCUGUGUAAGAAAGGCUGCGGUUAUUAUGGCAACGCUGCCUGGCAGGGCCUGUGCUCCAAGUGCUGGAGGGACGAAUAUCAGAAAGCUCGGCAGAGGCAGAUCCAGGACGACUGGGCUCUGGCGGAGAAGCUUCAGCGAGAAGAGGAGGCCGCUUAUGUCAGCAGUCACAGUUCCUCACAGACCCAGCCUCCGCAGUCCCACUCCCAGCACUCUCUCGCCACCUUCUCCAAAUUCGAGGAGAAGAAAACCAACGAGAAAACCCGAAAGGUCACCACUGUAAAGAAGUUCUUCAGCCCCUCCUCACGCACGGCCCCUAAAAAAGUCCCCCCCGAAAAAGAAAGAGAGAAAGAGAAAGAGGAGAAGUUGCCAGGCAGGAGAGAGAGCCAUGGAGAAAACCUCCUGAGGGAUCUGAAGGGCAUUUUUACCCAACCCUGGGAAAUGAGCUCCCCCACUGAAGAGAGCCAUGAGGCAAAAACACCCAGUCCGUCCAUCACCCGUCAGUCCAGCAUCGAGACCGAUCGCGUGUCACGAGACUUUUUGGAGUUCCUCAAGACCUUGCAUAAGCCUGGCAGAGAGAUCCACAAACACAGUCGUGCAUUUAUUGAGAGCAUGGGGAAUAAAAAGCAGGAUCUUAGCGCUGAAGAACUGUCUGAAUGUGUGCAGGACUUCUAUCAGGGCAUGUCUGACCGACUCUUGAAUCAUUUUAAAGGCUCCUCUGAGAAAGUGGACAGGGUGAUGGAUCAAGUGGAAAAAUACAUCAUGACUCGACUCUACAAGAGCGUCUUCUGUCCAGAAACCUCAGAUGAUGAGAAAAAAGAUCUGGCCACCCAGCACAGGAUUAGGGCAUUACACUGGGUAACCAUUCAGAUGUUGUGUGUUCCUGUGGAAGAGGAGAUUCCAGAAGUCUCUGAUAGUGUAGUCAAAGCAAUCACCGAUAUCAUUGAGAUGGACUCCAAGCGUGUGCCCAGGGACAAACUGGCGUGCAUCACCAGUUGCAGCAAGCACAUCUUCAAUGCCAUCAGGGUCACAAAGAACGAACCAGCUUCUGCAGACGACUUCCUGCCCACCCUCAUCUAUAUCGUACUGAAAGCAAACCCACCACGACUGCAGUCCAACAUCCAGUACAUCACACGCUUCUGCAACCCCUCAAGACUCAUGACAGGAGAGGAUGGAUAUUACUUCACCAACCUGUGCUGUGCCGUUGCCUUCAUAGAGAAGCUGGACGCCCAGUCAUUAAAUCUCAGCCCCGAGGACUUUGAGCGCUACAUGUCAGGUCAGGCUUCUCCUCGAAGGCAAGACGAUCCGGCAGGCUGGCCCCAAAGUGGCUCUCGUGUAAACCCAGUGCUCACCCAGAUCCAGCACAACCUCAGCGUCCUGUCCAGCCUGGAGAAAAGACAGCAGCAGGUCAUCGAGGGGGCGCAGAGCUUGGAGGCAGAGCUAAACGAAUGGCAAGAGAGCGUGGCCCGCGAGGUGCAAGAGAUCCUGGAGCGAUACCCGCUGGACAUCAAACCACGCGCAUCAGCCAUCGAUGCUGAAAACGUGGAGAAUGACAGGCUGCCACCUCCACUUCAGCCACAAGUGUUUGCAGGUUAGCGUAGCAUUGUGUUCUGAGACGGGUAAACCCAAUAUCCGCUCUCGUCCCAAAAUCUCCACACUUACCAUUCCAUGUGCUUUUUUAAUGCUUAUACAGUCGGCUGUUAUAUAUUUAAUGCAAAUGUAUUCUCGUCAGAUUUGUGCGGCUAAUUCAAAAAGGGCGAGAGUUCGGGAAGCUACAUGCUUUUCUAGUCUGACUUUGAUCUAACUAUCAAGAUCUACCAUUUUAAAUAUUCAAAAUAGCUGCUAAUACGUCCUCUUAAAUAAAUUGUUCACCCAAAAAUUAGAUAUCGUUGUUCAUUAACUAAUCCUCAGGCCAUAACUGGUGUACAGAAGGUUUAAAAUUAAACAUUUAUUUGGUGAAACGGGUAUUUAUGGAUUCAGAAAAACGCAAAGCAAUGAUGAUUAGUACGUCAAGAGUCAAAACAAACUAAAAACAGGCACUAAAAAUAAUAAUGUAAUUGCACAGGUGUCAAAGCCAGUUCCUGGAGGGCCGCAGCUCUGCACAGUUUAGUUCUAACCCUAAUUAAACACACCUGAUCAAACUAAUUUAGUUCUUCAGGGUUGUUUGAGACCUAGAGGUAAGUGUGUUGAAGCAGGGUUGGAACUAAACUGUGUAGAGCUGCGGCCCUCCAGGAACUGAGUUUGACAAAUGUGCCUUAGUGUAUAGUCAGAAUCUGCAGUUCUUUUGCCUGUAUAUUAUUUUUAUUUAUUUGACUCUCAAAGCUGUAGACUUGCAUUUUCUUUUAAUCAUCAUCAUUUAAAAUCUGAUCUACUGAAUCAAAAAAGUAGCAUCUUUGACAGCCUGAGGGUGAACAAACAUACAGCAAAUGUUCAUUUUGGGGUUGAACUAUCUUCAAAUAUGAUUACAGUUUUAUUUAUGUGAUCAUAACACCACAUAUCAGCUUCUCUAAUGUACAUAAGUCAUGUUCACUGUAGGGUAUAUCACCCCCCAUGCCUUGUUGUGUGGGAUGUUUGGGUGAAGG